GAGGGAGGCCCAGGCUGCAGGUCGGUGCAAAGCAAAAAUACUAGAGGAGCAAAUAUCCUAGCUCCUCUAUAAGAUCUUUGGGUCGGUGCAGGAAGGAAAAGAGGAGAAGUGGCGUGGGGCAGUUGGAGGAGAGAUUAAGCAAGAAGACUUCAAAAUAAGUUUGCUUCAUGGAUGAGCCUCCUUUUAGCCAGGUCAGCAAUGGUCAAUACUGUGAGCUGAAGGAACUAACAAAGAACAGUGAAUCAGUGGAUACUGGAAGCACAUUCUCCCCAUCGUUUGAAGCUUUGUCUUCCUUCCAGGCUAUGGAUCUUGCAACAUCCCAAGCAGAUUAUCCUCAACUUCCAGAUGGCUGGAAAAGAAUAGUCAAAGAAAGAAAGAAUGGAAGGUCAGCAGGAAAAUCAGAUGUUUACCUUAUAAGUCCUCAAGGGAAACGAUUCCGAUCUUCAAGGGAAAUUGAAAAUUACUUUCAGAGGAGCAUUGGAGAGGCAAGUUUUUUGAACGCCAAAGAUUUUAACUUCACCUUCUGUCGGAGAGGCUACGUUCGGCAAAAUAGGCGCUCUAAGCACGCAACACCCCUUCAUAAAAAAACUACAGAAGAUAUCGGAAAAUUGGCCAGAGAUGUUCCACAAGCUCUACCACAUGUCUUACAAAAUGCUGAGGAAGAGGAAGGACCUGAAACUGAGGCUUAUAGCCCUUUGGUCCAAAGACCUCAGGUGAAAGUUAACACCUCAAAUCAGGGACCUGAAAUAGGUACAAAACAGCAGCACUUGAGCAGACUAAGAAGGAGUUCUAGGAGAGCAUCAUCUGCAGGAGAUGGACAGAAAGAAUGUCCAUCAGCUGAAGAUAAAGAAGCUGAAAGAAGAAAAACAAAAGUAAAAGGUGAGGGGAGGACCAGCAGCAGAAAGUGCCAUCAGCAAGCAGCGGACAGCAAAAUGCAACUUCCAAACCAGCAGCCAUUCGAAAACAAGGUCAUGCUGGAACUGCAAUCACUCCAAGGUGGUGAGCAUGUCCCUGAUAUUCUUGAGUUUAACUUUCAAACACCGCUCAGUGAGGAGAUUGAUGUGGAUAUCUCCACAUUGUCUGCAGCAUCCGAAGAAAAAAUAGGUAUGAGUCAUACACAAGGCAGCCACCCGAAUUCGGACAAAAGCACAAGAACACCUGAUGAGGAUAGACUUGUAUUACUGAAAACACAAGUGAACAGUGAGCCUUCUCCAAAGAAAAAGGUAGAGCGGAGGAAGACCAGUCCAUACUUUUCCAGGAAUUAUGCCAAAGAAGCGCCCAGCCCACCACGUCGCAAAGCUUUUGUCAAGUGGACUCCACCGCGAUCGCCCUUUAAACUUAUUCAGGAGACACUCUUUCACGAUCCUUGGAAGCUUCUUGUUGCCACCAUUUUUCUUAACAAAACCACAGGUAGAAAAGCCAUUCCCGUGCUGUGGGAUUUCCUGGAGAGAUACCCUUCUGCUGAAAUAGCGCAAGCUGCUGACUGGAAGGAAGUAGCAGCAUUGCUGAAGCCACUCGGCCUAAAUGAGUUGAGAGCAAAGGCCAUCAUUAAGUUUUCUGAUCAGUUCCUUACCAAACAGUGGAGGUACCCAAUUGAACUACAUGGAAUUGGAAAGUAUGGAAAUGAUUCCUACAGGAUUUUUUGUGUCAAAGAAUGGAAGAAGGUACAACCCCAAGAUCAUAAAUUGAACAAAUACUGGCAAUGGCUUUGGGAAAAUCAAGAGAUGCUAGCCCUUUAGUAGAGAGGGGCUUCUCUGACAAUGCAGUGUUUGCAGCAGCGGUGUGUGAUCUUGAAAUGUGUGCCGUUGUAAUUACUCCAAAAUGAAGUAUGAUCUGUGGGGUAGUCUGGAUAUGAAACAAAUCACACAUCUCCCCAUUUAUUCAAUUAUCACCACAUUAGAGAAGAUGGAACUUCACUCUAUGUGAAGUUGGAUAAAGAUAUUGCAGGAUGGAGUACAAGUCUGAGCAUGUUACUUGCCUGCAGAUUUAAAUGUUCCAAGUGAGAUAUAUUUUUAAAUGUGCUACAAUUAGAUCCAAUGACCCACUGACCAAAAGGAAAGGAAUGAAUUGUUUCUGAUUAUCUUUGGGCUGCAUAAAAUAAUCAGCAUUGGAUGAAUAUUAGUGGGAGAUAUAUUAUCAACAGACAUUAUUGAACUCAGCAAACCACCAUUUUCUCAAUCAAGUCAGCUAUUGCGAUGGAGCCCAUGCUCCAUCAACCUUGGCCUUGAAUGGAUAACUAAACAUCCAGAUCUGUCAACUACCUCUUGCAACACUCCAUCUCUUCUCAUAAGAUAUUUCCCUUGUACCAAAAACCAGUCUGGAAAAUGAACACAGCAUCAACCCUAACGCUGCUGCAUUCCUUUCUUAUGUUCAAAGAUCAAAACUGUAUACAAUACUCCAAAAUUUAAACCAGAAAAUACUGGAGAUACACAGCAGUGUCCGUGGAAGUCAAUGCUUCAGAUGUGUGUUAUAACAAGGAACUGCAGAUGUUGAUUAAUACACAAAAGGACACAAAGUGCUGAGUUACUGCAGUACUUUGUGCAUUCAGGAGGAUGGCUCUCAUUAGAAUUGGAAACAAAUUAGAAACCAAUCAUUUAAACUGGGGAGGAAUCAAAGAAGUAUUGACAGGGUGGAGAUGGGGUAGCACAGUGGCACAGCAGUAGAGUUACUUCCUCACAGCAUGAGAGACCCUGGUUUGAUCCUGACUAAAGGUGCUGUCUCUGCGGAGUUUAUACGUUCUCCCAGUGACUGCAUGUAUUUUCUCCAGGUGCUCUGGUUUACUCCCACAUUCCAAAGAUGUGCAGGUUUGUAAGUUAAUUUGCUUUGUAUUUUGCCCCAAGUGUGUUUUUAGUUUAGAGAAACAGCAUAGAAACAGGCCCUUCGGCCCACCGAGUCUACACUGAACGACACCCGUUCACUAGUUCCAUCCUACACUCUAGGGACAAUUUACAGAAGCGAAUUAACCGACAAACCUGCAUGUUUUUGGACCCGGAGAAAACCCAGUCACAGGGAGAAUGUACAAACUCCAAACCGACAGUACCCGUAGUCAAGAUCGUACCCGAAUCUCUGCUGAUGCAAGACAGCAACUCUACCCCUGUGCCACUGUGCUGUGUGCAGAAUGUGAAAGUGAGAUAACAUAGAACUAGUGUAUGGGUGAUCGAUGGUCGGCAUGGACUCGGUGGGUCAAAGGGCUGUGCCACUAAACUAAACAAAACUAAGCGAAGAUGAAGACGUCUAAUGAAAAUAGGAUGAGAUGGGCAGUAAAAUAUAAUGCUGGAAUAGUAAGAUGCCAGCUAAAUGUUGCAUUGAUAAUUGAACAGUUAUUACUUCUCUAUAUAUUGGUGAUUUAAAAGAUGAAUGAUACCCAGAACAUUUUAAGGAAAUUUAAAACUGAGCCCAAAAUUGCUCACAGGGUAUCAGGUUAUACAUAUAAAUCAAAUUAAAUACACAGUAUUCUCUUUGGACGUUAAAUUACAUAUUUUAUCUACAUAUGAGGAAAUGUCUCAAUAGGUGCCACUUGUUUUUCAUCAUCUUCGUCCCAACUAAUUGUAUAGCUUUAUAACUUGUUAACCAAAUGAGGAUAGUGGAAGCAAAUACCCUAAGUUUAACUUUUUGACACCAAUUAUAUCCAGAGGAGGAAGUCAUAAAAGACCAGGAGAGAAGUCUGACUUUCUCACAAUCAGAUGUCGUGCUGUUUACCAGUAUUGGUAAAGGUCUCUCUUCAUCUCUUGUGGCUAGAUUAAAUUAUCUUUUCUUUUGCAUAAUUAGGGAAUUCGAGGAACAUCAUGUGCGUAUGAUAUAGUGAUACUCGGAAUACUCUUCUACCUGAAUACUCCUAACUCUUGCAUUAUAGUAUUCCACCCACAUAGUGACAAUAUAUUUUUUAUCAUAGACAUUUUAUAAAAAGGAAAGUCGACAAUUGUGAGAAUUGCAGGCAAAUACUGGAAUUCCACUCACAAUACCACCUGCAAAGACUGAGGUUCUAUGCUCACAAAGAACAGUCAUGAAUUAGGUUGCGAAACAUUGUAAUUAUGCCUGUGCUGAAUUUGUCAUUAUGUAGAGUAAAAAUGUGUGUUUUUAAUUAUUAUAUUUGUUCAAGUGUUGAAUAAAACAAAGAGUGGACAUUAA